AUGGACCUCUGGCUUUGGUUCAUCUACUUCCUGCCCACAGUAUCUGGAGUCCUGAUGCUCCCAGAAGUCAAGCUGGAGGGAAUGGUGGGCGGAUCUAUUACCAUCGAGUGCCCACUUCCUGAAGUGUAUGAUAGGGUGUAUCUGUGCCGCGAGACAGCCAAAUCGCAAGCGUGUUUCACCGUGGUGUCCAGCAUGAAUUUUGUCAGGAAGGAAUACAAGAACCGAGUCACCCUGAAGCUGUGUCCAGACCAGAAUGUAUUCCUAGUGGAGGUGACAGAGCUGACAGAGAGUGACAGCGGAGUCUAUGCCUGUGGGAAAGGCAGACGCACAGACUGGGGCAAGACCCAGAAAGUCACCCUGGAUGUCCGCAGUGUUCCACCCAAGGAGAUGCCACCCUGGCUUCAGGAAGUUCCACCUAUGGAGAUGCCCCCUUGGUUCCAGAAACCUGUAUUUGCCAGUUCCUUGGAAGUCUUCUCCAAAGAAACCUCACCCGCUCCGACGACGGAGGCCCCUCCAGCACAGCACUCCUCCCCCACCACCCCAGUCACCCACCGCCCUCGAGUUUCCAGGUCAAAGCCCACCACCCGCCUGCCAUCCACCACAAGCUCAAAGACCUCAGCACCGGAGGGGCUGCUCAGGCCCCCGACAGCCAGCUACAACCAGCACACCAGGCUUCACAGGCAGAGAGCCUCCCACCACGGCCCAGCGUCCCCAAGGGAAGACCAGGGGUUUCAGCUCCUGAUCCCCAUCUUCCUGAGCCUCAUCCUGCUGACACUUCUGGGGAUGCUGGUGACCAGGAUCAUUCAAAGGAAGCAAGCCCUCUCCAGGCGGGCGAGCCGGCAGAGGAUGAGCGCCAUGGGGGCCUUCCAGCGGCCCCAGGCGCAGCGGCCCCGCGUGUCCCAGCGGCCACGUUCCCAAAACAACGUCUACAGCGCCUGCCCCCGGCGCGACCGGGGGACGCACUCCGCGGGUGACCUGGAGACACCAAUCCCGGGCCCCGGAGCUUCGGCGCCGCCCGCUCCACUGCAGGUGUCGGAAGCUCCCUGGCCCCACGAGCCAUCUCUGAAGAUCAGCUGCGAAUACAUGAGCGUUUACCACCAGCCUGCCGCCAUGAUGGAGGACGCUGAUGCAGAUGAAUACGUCAAUAUCUCCUGCCUCACUCACCCCUCCAGCUGUCCCCCGGGGCCCAGGCCUCUGCGCCAAUGA